UGUGCCCCUUUAAAGAGACAGAGUAUUUCCUGUGCAAGUUUGUGCUGUACAUAUCUGUCUGUCUAAAUCGGGUUUAUAGUUAGUUUCACAGGAAAUGUCAUGGCAUGGUGAACUACUGGAAUUCUCUUUUACUUCUAAACUCUAGUUUGCUUAUAAAGCAGGUUUUAUUUUAACUCUGUUCUGUAGACAUGGAGGUGAUGAAGCCUUUAAUUGAAGAACAAAAUUCAGAUGAGGAGCAUGAACAUGACUUGUCACCAGCUGAGAAGCAUUACCAACUUGAUAAUGAAGAAGGCAUUACGUUUAUACAAACACUUACCCAUCUCCUCAAAGGAAAUAUUGGAACUGGGCUGCUAGGUCUUCCCCUUGCAAUAAAAAAUGCUGGCAUUGUGAUCGGACCAAUCAGCCUUGUGUUCAUAGGAGUUAUAUCAGUUCAUUGUAUGCACAUCUUGGUGCGUUGCAGCCACUGUCUGUGUCAGAGGUUGAAAAAAUACUCGCUAGGAUAUAGUGAUACAGUUAGUUGUGCCAUGGAAGUGGGGCCCCUGACUGCUCUUCAGAAAAGAGCUUCUUGGGGAAGAUAUAUUGUCGACUUUUUUCUAGUGAUAACACAACUGGGAUUUUGUAGCGUUUAUGUUGUGUUCUUGGCAGAAAACGUGAAACAAGUCCAUGAAGGAUUUUUGGAAAACAAGACUGUUUCCAUAAAUGCCAGUGCCACCAGCAAUUCUUCUGAGAAGAGGAGUACUGAUUUACGCAUAUACAUGCUAUGUUUUCUGCCGUUUAUGAUCCUCUUGGUCUUUAUUCGUGACCUGAAGAGCCUGUCCUUCCUUUCAUUGCUUGCCAAUCUGUCCAUGGCUGUCAGCCUGGUGAUCAUUUACCAGUAUAUUGUUAGAGAUAUAGCUGAUCCUCGAAAACUGCCUCCUGUGGCUGGCUGGAAGAAAUAUCCACUCUUUUUUGGGACUGCUGUAUUUGCUUUUGAAGGAAUUGGAGUGGUACUCCCACUGGAAAACAGAAUGAAAGACAGCACGCGUUUCCCACAGGCACUGAAUAUUGGCAUGGGAAUAGUUAUGGCCUUGUAUAUCUCCCUAGCCACUCUAGGGUAUCUGCGCUUUGGGGAUGAAAUCAAAGGCAGCAUAACUUUAAACCUGCCACAGGAUAUAUGGUUGUAUCAGUCUGUAAAAAUCCUGUACUCCUUUGGGAUCCUUGUGACCUAUUCAAUUCAGUACUACGUCCCUGCAGAGAUCCUCAUUCCAGCUGUCACCUCAAAAGUGGAGCAGAAGUGGAAGCUGCUUUGUGAACUUGUGGUGAGAGCACUUUUAGUCUGCUCAACAUGUGCUGUAGCGAUUUUGAUCCCUCGCCUAGACCUGGUGAUUUCUUUCGUUGGAGCUGUCAGCAGCAGCACCCUGGCAUUGAUUCUGCCUCCUCUGGUUGAAAUCCUCACAUUCUACAAAGAAAAUUUAAGUCUGUGGACAAUACUUAAAGAUAUUUUUAUAGCUAUCAUUGGAGUUGUUGGAUUUUUAACAGGGACAUAUGUGACGGUUGAAGAGAUCAUUUAUCCUGCAUCCACAGUCCUAGUUGAUACAACAGAGAGCAUCUCUGCAGAUUUGAAUGCUACAGACUUGGUGGUUGGUUUCUAAUAAUAAUCAGGUGCCACAAACCGUUUUGUUCCUGACCGUACGGUCUGUUUGGUAAAAAGAAAUCCUGGAUGAAUGGAAAACCUAUGUGUGGGACAAAUUCCAGUGUGUUUUAUAUGACUUUUUGAAAAACAGCAUGCAUCUCUGUUAUUCUGUUGUUUGUUCUUUCCAUCAUUCCUUCAGAUCUAUCUGAAUUAACCCUUUUGCUCUCAAUCUUGUCUGCCCAUUUAGCAAAAAACGGAAUUGAUGUCAGAACUUUUUAAGAAAUAUAUUGGAAGGAAAUGUGAUUUUAGAUUAUUUGCAAGAAAAGAAGAAUUUUCAUAAGGAAGUCAAGCUGCCUUCCUCCUCAUAAAAAGUGUAAUUCAGUCUAUUCACCACAUUGAGACACAAGGUCUAGGCACUACUACGGCAAUUUAGGCACUAGGCACUCUGUUGUCAGGGUUUGAGUAGGAGUUUAGUGAUGUACAGACCUUCUCUUGGCUCUCUCUGAAGGGGUGAAUUGCACCCCAGCGAACCAGAGAUACUGUAGUUUUAGAAAUUAAAAGCUUUGAUAUUUUUUUCACCAUUCUGUGCGCUUGGACGUUUGCCCUGCAAAAGCUUUUGGGUUAUUGUAGUUGCCUAGGUCUGGUUCCUGGGAAUUAUUAGAUCUGGAAGCACAGUGUGUUGUGCAGAAUGACUGUGAUUCUUGUUCAGUCUUUUCACACUGGCUCCAGGGCAAGUUUUUCAAGCAAUAGGAAGGACCAAGCCCUGCUUUGUUAAUACGAGUAGAACAGACCACCACUCUUGGUGGGUUAGAGGCCAGUAAGCAUAAAGGCGUUUUUUUUCAAACUGACUGAAGUAACAUUGAAGCUGAAGGGUGGACAAGACAGGCAGAGAGGCAAGGUUUAGAGGUAAAGGUUGUAUCUUCUAUUAGACUAAAAGAGAUGCAGCUCCUUCAGGAGCUUUCUCCUCAUCUUUCAUGAUCUGUUACUGUGUGUUCCUGUACCAUGAACUGCUCCAGGGAAGUGGCAUCAGUGGAGCUCUGGAAAGCCGCAGCGGCCUGGCUGAUCCAAGCAGCUUAAGGAUUCCUGAUGUUAACUUUUACAUGAGAGAGGAAAGGAUCAGGCACUACUUUCUAGAAAGGAGCUUAUGCCAUGCUUUCACACGUAUAGGCUGCAAUUGUUUGUAAAAGAACUGUGAUUCCGCAGCACUGUGAGUUUAGAGGGGCACGAAGGAUUUCUGUUUUGAAGUCUUUUCUUCCUAGAGCCCAACACCUCCUGCAGGUUGUCUGAAGGUGAGGGUUAUCUCAGGACUUACUUUCAACUACUGGUACUUUGUAGCAAGGUACAUGAGUUUAUAUGGUAGGAAUAUAGAAGGUACAAGUAGCAAGGUACAAUUUUAUGUGAGAUGUAGGAUAUACAUGUGAAAACAAUUUUUUUUUUGAAAGUAAUUUAUCAACUUUGGAUUUUGAAUGCAAUGUUACAGAAUAUUGUUAUUUAUCAGAGCAAUGUUACUCAAUGAUGCAAAAACAUCUAACAUCACAAAUAUAAGUAGUUUAUUUUUGUAUGUUUUGGUAACUCCUAUCCUAAACCAUUUUUUACUCCAUGGCGCUAUCCUUAUUUGCAACUGUAUGAAUGUAUAAAAUGCUGUAUUUUUCUAUCUAUUGCUAGAAGUCUGUAGACUGCCUGUUUAUAUUUCUAUUGAAACAUAUAACAUUUAUUUUUGCAUGCUUAUGUUCUGCCUUAAAUAGGAUCUAACGUGCUCAUUACUGUAUUUUGCUUCUUUUGUCCAUUUUGGAAGAGAAAAAGAGCAUGUUGAUAAAUUGGUGAAUAGGUGGAAAUCAAUUUUCUGCAGCAAGCCUGUGCACUCUUUGAAUCCCCAACAGGAAUACUACUUUUUCAGGGUUUUUUUUUGACUUUCUGGCUCACACUGCAUAGCUGAAUUUCACUCCAAAUGCCAAGCCGUGUUUUUGGUUUUUUUUCCUAAAAACACUCUAUAUUUUGUAAAAUAACGGAGCUGAAUUUAUCAUACUUGUUCCUGUUAGGAAGAAACCCCUUUUUCUAUGGGGUUUAUAACAUUUUUCCAAGAAAUCUGAUAUACCAAAACCCCUCUAUUAUAUUCAUAGAAAUAAAGAUAGGAAUAAAUGUAAUAUUUUAGUUGCCUUCAGAGUAUUUCUUAGAAAUCUACUACUUUGUGUCAGCAUUAUAGUGCUAAAAUAAUCCCGUCACACACACACACACACACACACACACACACGUUUAUUUAUUCUUUCUCUUCAGACUAUUUCCCCAGUCAUCUACUAUGUGAUAUUAGAGCCCUUUCAUCUCAAUUGUCAUGAAAGCCUUUCUGAUAGAGGGAUUCAGUAUAGCAUGAAGCUUGGACUGCAUGUAUUUUUUCAAACACUAGUUCUAAGGAGUGUUCUCAUUUUCAUUUUAGCCUGCACAAAAUUACAUACUCGGCAGGCACUUUAAAGGACUGAGAGUCUGCAGUUAUAAUGCCAUAUUACCAACUUUUCAUAUGGAAGUGCUACUAAAGAGCAAACAAAGGUAAUUAUCUGAGAGGCAAAAGGUAAAUUCAGCUUUUCAGCUUAAAGCUUUUUUAGUCACACAGUCUGAGCUGUGUGAAGAGGCAUAUUGAAGUUAAGUGUUUCAGUCUGGCAAUAAAUCUAUUAUUUACCGAAACUGUACACUAUACAGUGUAGAAUAUAUUUCUGUUAAGCUUAUUUUACUUGAUAUUAUAUAUUUCUACAGAAAAUAUUUUUAGUAGUACCAAUAGAAUAUAAAUGAAAGUUAUUCUUCCUGUUAGUUUUGCAUCUUUCUACCUAUGUGUGUUUGGAGAAUAAAGGAUUAUGAAGUCCAUUCAUACCAUCUGUUCUUCAUUGACUGUAUGCUGGUGAACACCUCUGAGAUGGUGCUUCUGCCAGCAUGCAGAAGAACUCGAAUUCUAGUCACUGGACCAAUUCAGUGUUUGGUAGUAAUUUUUGGCCAGUGCAAGUGAAUAAGAAUGUGAUAUUAUUGAUGAAGAUUUGCUGAGCUAAGUACCUACAACCUAAAUAGGUGGCCAGGGAACCCAAAUGAAUGCAGCCUGUCUUUUUGAAAGUCAGAUGACCUGUUUAGAAGCUUGAUAGGUCCGGGGAAUCUAAUUUUAGCCAUCAAGCUUUGGAUAUCCUGGCUCAAACACCAUGCUUUGCUUAUCUUACUGCCAUGUCUGAUGGGGCAACAGCCCGUCAAGCCUGGCAGGUUUUCAGACGUGUUGCCACUAAUUCACCAGGUAUGAAGUGUUUUUAUGCAGUGGGUCAGCAUUGUCCUGUCUAAUGGAGGUAUAUCUUUUAAGUCUUUAAAAUAUUUAUUAAUAUAUUUUACACAAUGUUGAUUUUCUCCUACAGUGUAGGGUUUCCAUUAUUUUAACACUCAGACAGGGCAUUUGUGUGGCCUGCUCUUUCAAACAGAAAGAGUGAGAUAGAGUAUCUUUCUUUAAAUGAGACUAAAAUGUCAUUAGUAAAACUAGUGAAAAACUGCUACGUCUGAAUAAUAAGAGUGUUCCUGUGAAAAAAUGCCAAAGAUUUAAAAUGAUAGAUCUGGCAGAAACCUCUUCUGAAUAAUAAGAGUGUUCAUUCUGAUUUUAAAGUACUGUAAUAUGAAUUGUACGCAAAGAUGCAGGGAGUGAAACUCCAGAUUUAAUGGAUAUGGUUUACAUAUAUAUUUAAGAUGGAAAUGUAGUUUACCACAAGCUAAAUUAAACCGAAAAAAUGUAUGUGAUUGGGUUAUGUUCUUACAAGGAACAGAAAGCUAUUGUAUUAUAUUUAUGCACUGUAUGUGCACUUAUGUUUUACAAUAUGAUAUUGUUAACAGUUUUAAUGUAAUUUAAUCAUUAGCCGCACUAUAAGUAACUGGAUCAUUUUCUUGUCUCUAACUGUUUAUCCUCAAAUAUUGGGUAAGAAAGAGGGUGGUUUUGUCUUAUGUUCUGUAACUUACAUUUUCUGUAUCAAUAAAGACUACAGCAAUAUUGUCCUGCUAAUUCAGUGUUAUGCAGCCCAUCACCGA